AUGUCACAGUGGAGCAAUAGAAGCUCCAAUGUGUCCUACACCAGCUUCCUCCUGGUGGGUUUCCCAGGCCUGCAGGAGGCCCGCAGGCUCCUGGUGCUGCCCUUCCUCGGCCUCUAUCUGGUAAUCAUCUCAGUCAACGCCCUGAUUAUCCACACGGUGGCCACCCAGAGGAGCCUGCACCAGCCCAUGUAUGCACUCAUCGCCCUGCUCCUGGCUGUCAACAUCUGUACCGCCACCACUGUGGUGCCUACCAUGCUGUUGAGCUUGUCCGCCCACUUCAACCGCAUCUCCCUGGCCCACUGCCUGGUGCAAAUGUUCUGCAUCUACUUUUUCGUUAUCUUUGACUGCAACAUUCUUCUGGUCAUGGCCCUGGACCGCUAUGUGGCCAUCUGCUACCCACUCCGAUACCCAGAGAUAGUGACAGCACACUUGCUGACAGGCCUGGUGGGGAUGUCCGCUGCCUGGAGCACCUGCAACGUGACACCUGUAGUGUUUCUGGCCUCCCAGGUUCGCUUCUGCCGCUCGGAUGUCAUCCGCCACUUUGCCUGUGAGCACAUGGCCCUGAUGAAGCUCUCCUGUGGGGACAUCUCCCUGAACAAGACUGUGGGGCUCACCCUGCGCAUCCUCAACAGAGUCUUGGACCUGCUCCUCCUCAGUGCCUCCUACUCCCGCAUCAUCCACGCCGCCUUCCGGAUUUCAUCCGCUGGGGCCCGCUCCAAAGCCCUGAACACCUGUGGCUCCCACCUGCUGGUCAUCUUCACGGUCUACUUCUUCACUAUAACCUCGUCCAUCGUCUACCGUGUGGCCCGCACCGCCUCCCAGGAUGUACACAACCUGCUCAGUGCCUUCUACCUGCUGCUCCCGUGUCUAAUCAAUCCCAUCAUCUAUGGAGCAAGAAUCAAGGAAAUCAGGCAGCACUUGGUCAGAUUGUUCCAGGGGAUAGGUGUCUGA